AUGGCUGCCGCGGGUGCCACCAUGGCCAUAGGCCAACGACGACUAGAGCAGAAUCGCCAGGAGCGUCGACGCCAACGCCAGAAGAACCAAAAAGCUGCAUCUCAGACGUCUUCUCCAGGAGCCGGCGUUGGCCAGGAUAGGUCUUCUUCAGAUACCAAACUUGAUGCUGGCUAUCUGUCGUCUCCAGACAGCGGAUAUGACCCGGACGUGUCUUCAGACACAGAGACUGACCAGGCUCAUGCAUGCAUGCAGUUCAAAGGAUUUAGCACUCGGGUGGGCGCAGAACAGUCGGCGCCUACAUAG